AUGCCUCCGCGCCGCCGCCCCACCUCCGGCUACCACGGCGUUCGGGCGCGGCCGAGCGGCCGGUUCGACGCGGAAAUCCGCUCCGGCGACGAGCGGAUCCGCCUCGGCACGUUUGAUACGGCGCACGAGACGGUGUGGGUGUACGACGACGUCGCCUGGCCCCGCCGGACCAUAAACUUCCAUGAUGUCUUCACGCGGGAGCAGGCGGAAAUGCUCGCGCCGCUGCCGCCGGUGAUCACGCGCGAGCAUCAGCGCCGACAGCGGGAGCUGGAGCAGCGCCUCCUCAUCGCCGAGCGCGACGAGGCCCUCCGCCUCGAGUGGGCGCGCCGCUUCCCCGAAGACGUCGCCGCCAUGGAAGCCUUCUACGCGCAGAAGGAGGAGGAGAAGGCGGCGGCGAAAGCGAGCCGGGAGAAGCGCCGCGCCGAGUCCGCGGCGAGGAAGGCGGCGAGGCACGCGCGAGUGAAAGCAUCCGACGACCAAGAGUCUCCCCGUGAUCAUCUCCAUCGGCGCCUGCGCCACGCGGAUGACCGACGACUCUUGACUGUUGACUAG